AUGAGACUGCUCUUCAUCCCGCUUCUGGUCUCCUUCACCUUCCUCGCGGCACAUGCAACGAGUGCAGAGACGAGUCAGACGACCCAAACCGAGCAAAGCAGAAACCCCGGCCCGGUCCCCUACCGGGUGCAGAAACCACCCCUGGACACGCCAUGGACCUACACGGUCGGCACCAACCCCUGGCCGCAACACCCGCGCCCCCAGCUCCGCCGCGACGACGCCUGGCAGAACCUCAACGGAAUCUGGACCUACCAGCCCGCCGCUUCCGCUUCCGCUUCCGCUGCCCCGGCGACCCCCCCGGCGACCCCCCCGGCGGGCGAGCUCGAGCGGGAGGUGCUGGUCCCUUCCUGCAUCGAGAGCGGGCUGUCGGGGAUCCAGGCGCGGAACGUCACGCGCAUGUGGUUCGCGAGGAAGUUUUCCGUCCCCGCGAGCUGGGAGGGGAGGUCCGUGGUCGUCCACUUCGACGCGGUGGAUUACGAGGCCACUGUCUUUGUGAAUGGCGGCGAGGUCGGGUCUCACGUCGGGGGGUACGAUCGCUUCACUGUCGACGUUACGCGGAGUGUCGAGUUUGGGGGGGAGAAUGACCUGCUGGUGUUUGUCCACGAUCCUACGGACAUGCCCCCCUACGUCAACCCGGUUGGGAAGCAGAAAAGCACGCCUUCACACAUCUGGUACACGCCCUGUUCGGGCAUUUGGCAGACGGUAUGGAUGGAGAGCGUGCCGUCGAACCACAUUACUCGACUCGACAUCUCUGGGGACAUGAACGGGACAGUCACAAUGACAGCCCAUGGCUCAACGAACCAAUCCACACCGGUGGAAGUCUCGGUCCUGGGCCCCAACGGCGGCGUGUUGGCCACGGCAUCCUCCCUCUCGGACGGCCCAUUCUCCUUCGCCGUCCCUUCGCCCAUCCUCUGGUCGCCUUCCUCACCGGCGCUGUACUCGGUUCGAGUGAAAAUGGGCGACGACGAGGUGUCGAGCUACACCGGGUUCCGCAGCAUCUCGAUGGGCGUCGUUGAGGGGGUCAAGCGGCCGAUGCUGAACGGCGAGUUUGUCUUCCUCCUCGGCACGUUGGACCAAGGGUACUGGCCUGACGGGAUUUACACGCCUCCGAGCCACGAGGCCAUGCGGUAUGAUUUGCAGGUGCUCAAGGAGCUGGGGUUCAAUAUGCUCCGCAAGCAUAUCAAAGUCGAACCGGACCUGUUCUACGAGGCUUGCGACCGAAUGGGCAUCAUGGUGGUCCAGGACAUGCCCAGCCUACCGGACGACACGGAGCGGAGGCCGCCCGACGCGAUGCAGCAGGACGAGUUCCAGCGGCAGCUGGAGGCCAUGGUCGACAACCACAAGAGCCAUCCCUCCAUCGUCGCCUGGGUCCUCUUCAACGAGGGCUGGGGCCAGUUGCGGCACCCGCCGUGGUUCGAAGCGCGGCUCACCCCCGUGGUGCGGGCUCUCGACCCGACGCGGUUGAUCAACGCCGUGAGCGGAUGGUUCGACCACGGCUUUGGCGACUUUUCGGACAAUCACCACUACCCGACGCCGCAAUGCGGCACCCCGUUUGCGACGCCGCCCUCGUCGGCAUACGAUGCCAGGCGGAUCGGAUUCCAGGGCGAGUUUGGCGGGAUAGGCCUGAACGUCUCGAUUGAGCACCUCUGGAACGUCCCCGAAGCCAUCGCCACCAUCAACCAGACGUACGAGCUGGCGGCCGACAGAGCGGCCUACAACGCGCGGUCGAGGGAGCUGUUCGGCAUGCUGCGGUCCCAGGUCGAGCAGUACGCCUGCAGCGGCGGCGUGUGGACGCAGACGAGCGACGUCGAGGGCGAGGUCAACGGGCUUCUGACCUACGACAGACGCUUGCUGAGGCCGGAGGUUGCGCAGUGGAAGGAGGACACGCGGAGCGUGUAUGAGGCGGCGGCGGCCCGGGGGGGUUGGGGGGGCGGAGAUGGUCUACGUGGUGGUGUGAGACAUCAGCAGCCUCUUGGAUGA